AUGUCUUCCGAAGAGUUGUUAUAUGAUACAAUAGCUCAAAAACUUUUACAAGCUAAAUUUUAUAAUACGGCAUUAGAAUUUCAAAAUGAAUUAUAUGAGAGGGGAAAAUAUUUGCCAAGAUUAAAUGAUUAUCUAUCAAAUCAAGAUUAUUCUGACAAAUGGAAAACUACAACUUCCUUGCGCAGAGCAUCUAGUGUACAAACUUUGGAGUCAAUUGAUAUCACUAGAUAUUCAGAUGAUAGUUCCAAUUUUGUCGAUGAAAGAAUUGCUGUAUUAGAAUUUGAACUUCGAAAAGCAAAUGAAACAAUAAGAUUGUUAAGAGGCAAUAUAGAUCAGCAAGCAGAGGAAACUGAUGCAUCCGUCCAACCAUCUACAAUCCAUUCCUCCCAAUCACAAACUCCCAUAAAGGCUUAUGAAAAGAGGGUUUUGAAUUUUCUCAUCAACGAAUACCUUCUAAAAUAUGGAUACAAAUUAACAUCCAUAACAUUUGCAGAUGAAAACGAGGAACAGAAUCUAGAAGACUGGGAAGACGUAGGCCUUAAUACACCCAGACCUCCGGCCUUAAUACUUCUAACCAGAGAUUACUAUAGGUUUCUGAAUAGCAAUAUGGCCGAUAAUUUCUCUCAACAUUUUUUAGAGUUCUCGCCUUUCCCCCCUAAUAGCGAUUAUAGCAUGAGACCCCAAUCACAACGUAGUUUUAAUAUGUUUGAAGAGGUGAAAGGCAAUAUUUUCGGGGGGCAGGAAUUUGUGACCGAGUUGGAUAUCACCAAGAUGAGCCUAGGACAAAUAAAAUCGCAAAACUUGAAAUUAACGGAGAAUGUCCGAAUUUUGCAAAGGGAACUAGAAAAAGCAAUGUUUUUCAACAGCGCCUCUGACUAUCAAUCGCCAGGACUCGCCGCCAUAAUAACCAAUGGGAUUGAUUCUCCGAUUGACAAAUUAUCCAAUGAACAUUCCCAAUUUCCGAAAUCUCCAUCCAACGAUGAAACUAAUAGCCCCUUAAGAAAUUCCAAGAAACAGCAAGAAUAUUCCGAUCUUAGCUACAGUCAGGAUAUCGAGAUCGCCGAUAAAUUGUUGGAAAAAUGUUCCAGUUAUAUGACCUCAUCUUUUCGGAAAGCUUUGAUACAAGCGGCUUCUCUCUCCCUUCAAUUUUCUUCCAGCCCCGGGUCUGAGUGCGAGGGCUUUUACGAGCAGCCAUUUGGCGGGAAAAACGCUCUACAAGCAAUCGAAAUGGCCGAUUCGCCCGAAGAAAUGGUUGAUCUAUCAGCGCGAUGCCUCAAGCUUUUAUUUCCCAACGUUUUAGUGUCCAGGAGAGAGAGCUUGAUCCCCUUACUCCUAAGCACGGCUAACCUUCAUUUGGACACAAAGAUGCGAGACGCAAUGCUAAACAUGCUCUUCAACCUCGUUAAACGUCCUGACGAAUAUCAAAGAAAAUUAAUAGCCACGAGUUGCUUAAAAUUCGCCCAAAGAGCCGGUCCGACCCGGAUAAACUUGGAAUUGCUCCCGCAAUGCUGGGAACAAAUUAGCCACCGCUACAGCGAACGGAGAUUGCUUAUAGCUGAAACUUGCGCAAUUCUUUCUCCUUACAUUUCGGAGGAAAUUAGAACGUCUUUACUACUUUCGAUGCUUCAACAACUAUUUUCGGAAGAGAAAAAUACCAAGGUGAGAUGCGGUGUAAUAAGGAGCUUAGGCAUGAUAUUUCCUUUCAUCAAGGACAAAGAUAAAUUGACUCUAGCACUCCAAAUUCUGGAUAACGCUUCCUCGGAUCCUUACAUUCUUCCUUCCCAACAUAGCCACCAUUCUCAAAACGGUAUCCAAAAUCGGUUUUUGCGAGAAAUACGCGCGAAUAACGAUCCCGGAGAUUUAUUACACGGUGAAAAUAUGAUGGGAGGAGGGCAAGACAAUUUAUUCGAUCUUAUACUUGAACUAUUUUUGCCAUCACUUGCCGUUUGGGCUUUGAAUCAAGGAACGUUCCACGAUUGCUUGCUUUCCCAUAUCUUGACAGCUUUGGAACGUUGUAUAGCUCAGGAAAAGGAUCCUCACGAAAUCGGCUUCCCCUUUCAAAAGGUCUUAUUUUACGCCUCCUGCCUAUGUGUACUCACUCCCUUCCUUUUUUAUUCAGUUUUGAUAGGAGCCCCUUUCUUUUCCACCCCUGAUAUUAUCGAAGAAACUUGUUCAAAAUUUACCCGCGAAGGCGCGAAAAGUGUCGAAAUAAUUGCAAAUUUAUGUCCUUCCGGAGAAUGCGUUGCCGAGCGUUGUCAGGAAUCCCUCUGUAAUCGGGAAUGCAUGGUUAGCGAUGCUAAGGAUGAUUCGCCCAUCGCCCAUGAUUUUCAUAAUGAUGCUCAUUUUAAAACCAAAACUUUCGUGGACGACAAUGGAAUAUUAUCUACAGGAACAACGGGGCGUUUUAGCGGGGGACCAGCCCUCACCUCUUCACCCUACCCGGACCUGUAUAAUGUUACAGGAAAGGGAAUCGACGAAAAUGAUUGCCCUCUUAGUUCUCCUUACCCGAGAACCGACUUUUGCCUAAACGAUUUGAACCUGCUGUUAGGCGAUAAUUCUUUGAAACUUCUCAAAAUCAAAUUCGAAACGUUGGUGCAAGACGAAUGGUUCUUGAUUUGGAACGAAUUAUCUUACGUGACAAGCACCUUCGUUCCUUCCCUGUUAAAAAUGCUAGCUUCGUUGGAUUGUGGCACUCAUUUGUCCGAUCAUUUGCGUUUGCGCGUAUUUUGCGAUAUUUUGCGCCAUUUGGUAGCCACCUUCGGCCCUACUUUUAUUGCCAAAAAGGUAGAUCCUAUGUUUCGAGAUGCCAUAAUUUCCUUAUCCGGAAUAUCAGAGAAAAAUGCUACUUUCGGCACACGGUCUAAUGCUACAGCAACCAUUAAAAUUCCGUCUUCUGACCAAAAAUGCCAUUCAAUUUUCAUUAAGAUGAUUUUCCCCGUUUAUAUAGCCGGAAUUUUAGAGCCAAUGACUGAAUUGCAAAACCAAACACUAAACUGUGACCAACCAAAAAUUCAAAUAACUGACCAGCCACCUUAUAUCGAUUCGCUUUCGAGUGACAAAAUGUCUAAUUUUAUAAAGGAUCUCAUAAUAUCGACAUCCCUCUCCAACUCACAGCCACUAGCUAUCAAGGCAACUUUCAGGGAGAUCUGCCACCGCAACGCCAAAUCAAACGUUCAUCUCCUCAUUUCAAUCCUAUCGGACCUAUCUUGUCAUGCUAUGGUACCCGUCAAAUAUUCCGCUAUUAGACUUUACCAAGAUAUUUUACCUUACGUUCCUUCUAUCGAUUCCCACCAUCAUACUUUGUUUAACCGAAUCAGUGCUUGCCUCAUCUCUUUCGCUCAAACGGACCCCGAACCCUGUAUAAAAGAUAUAUCACUCGAAGUUCUGGGAACUUUGAUUCAACAUAUUAGAUUAGAUUUGAAACGCCCGUUGAAAACUUGCAGUAAAUACGGAAAAAAUGAAAGCGAAACUAUGGCUAAAUACUUGUAUACUCAGGAAGAAAAAGAAGGAGAAGAGGUUGAUAGCUCAGUCUCAAAUGAGCAAUUCGAACCAAAUCAAAUUUUAUUGAGAUGCUUCGCCCUUUUUACAUCGUUCGUGAGAGGCGAAAUAACUACCACAUAUAGCAAAGGCCCUAACAACAACGGAGAUUCAGACACGAGGGAUAGGCAUUUGACGGGGAUCAUUAAAAUGCUCGGCCAAAUCGGAACUAAUACGGAGUGCUCUAUAGUUAGAGAGAAAUAUAUCAUACCCUUCUUGUCUCACCUAAUCGCGGCGAACAAUCGAAUGCCACCUUCGGAAAAGAAUGUCGAAAUAUUAUCUGCCCUUUUUCAAGCUCUGUCCACUAUAUCUUGUUGUCGAGAUAAUUCCUUAUCUAUCAUAUCCACCUUUCUACUUCCAUCUUUGAUUUGCUUGAAAGAAGAUUCUCAAUGCUUGACUCCCGAUUAUGUUCGAAUACUUAAUUCCAUGAUAAGGGAUUUGGAAAACAGAUUCAUACAUUAUAGCUAUCAUUCCUCUUCCAACAUCCCGAUGACGGCAAAUAAAGACAACACGAAUUUCAGAUUGGAAUCCAGAAAUUUCGGGGAUAAUAAAAAUAAUACCAAUUACAAUAGAACUGAAAAUAGGAUGAACCGAUAUUUCGUUGGCAGGCAGUCACUGAAUAACAGUAAUAGGAGGUACAAGUUAACCGAUAUUAAGGGAGAAAUAUCGAAAUUGCACAUAGGACACAUAUUCUCUUCUAGGAAAAAAAUUUGAUUUGACGUAGAAAAAUAUUACAAUUUAUUUUUUUUAAAUUCAGGGUCGCAAAAAAUGGUGAUAAUUUUUGUAUAUAAGCAUUUCUCUCGAUUAUUAAAAGAAACAUAUUAUAUUUAUUUAUUUUUAAGAAAAAUAAUUAGGAUAAAAACCUAUCAUUUUAUAAUAAAUUAUAGAUAUCACAGAAA